AUGAGCUUAAUGUCAGAGAAGAGGAUGUAGUGUUUGAGGCCAUCCUCCGGUGGAUCGAGCACGAGCCUGCCACCCGAGAGGCCCACAUUUCAGUCCUAUUGGCCAAGAUUCGGAUGGCUCGUAUGGAUCCGGAAUACUUCAUGAAAAUCGUCAAAGCCAACGAUCUAGUGAAGGCCAAUGUGGCGUGCAGGCCAAUCAUCACUGAUGUACUGAAGGUCAUCUAUGAUCUUCAUGAUGAACGUCCACGAUCUGAUUUUGAGAACCCACUGAUCCGCCCGCGCUUGCCCUCUGACAUUUUGCUGGCUGUUGGUGGAUGGAACAUGCGCACGACAAACUGGAUUGAAGCCUAUGACACCCGGGCCGACCGCUGGGUGGAUAUAACACAGGGGCAGGAGACUCGCCAGUCCGGCCAUGGCAGUGUGUGUUUAAAUGGCUUCAUGUAUUGUUUUGGGGGUUAUGAUGGCCAUAAUUUCACCGAUGCUGUGCUCAGAUUUGACCCCGUCGCACGGACAUGGCAGCACAUGGCCCCUAUGCACUGGCGCCGCUGUUGUGUCAGUGUGGCCGUAAGUAACGGCUUCAUCUAUGUGAUGGGUGGCCGUUUAGACGUGUCGCCUCUGAAUAUCGUAGAGCGAUAUGACCCAAAUGCCAAUGAGUGGACCAUCAUCCAGCCCAUGAACGAGGAGCGACAGGAUGCCAGUGCCACCACCCUGAAUGGAAAGAUAUACAUUUGUGGGGGUAGCAAUGGAGCUCAGACCACUUCCACUGCGGAGUGCUAUGAUCCACUCACGGGCGAAUGGACCUUGAUCGUGGGCGGUACCAACGGGGCUCAUCCAGUGCGGACUAUGGAGGUCUAUGACCCUGCAAUUAACCAGUGGCACGCUGGGCCUCCCAUGAGACAACAAAGAAGCUAUUUCGGCAUCGCAGUGGUGGACGGCUUGCUGUUUGCGAUGGGAGGCUCCGAUGGCUUCAAAGACAGAUCAGCCACUCUAUUAGGAACAUUACGCUUUUUGGUUGCGGCUGAUUAUCUCAGUGUCUUGGGCAUCGUGCAGCGCUGCUAUGAUUUCCUGCAUGAGCAGCUCUGCCUCAACAACUGCAUUGGCCUUCUUAAAAUCGCCGAUGUCUACUGCGUAAACGAGCUGCACCAGUCUGCAUUCAACUUCAUCUUGAAAAACUUUAAGGAGGUUGCCAUCAGCUCAAACGAGUUCCCAGAACUAAGUCUUGAACAACUUUCUGACAUCAUACAGCAGGAUGAGCUGAAUGUCAGAGAAGAGGAUGUGGUGUUUGACGCCAUCCUCCGGUGGAUCGAGCACGAGCCUGCCACCCGAGAGGCCCACAUUUCAGCUCUGUUGCCCAAGAUUCGGAUGGCUCGUAUGGAUCCGGAGUACUUUAUGAAGAUCGUCAAAGCCAACGAUCUGGUGAAGGCCAAUGCGGCGUGCAGGCCAAUUAUCACUGAUGUCAUGAAGGUCAUCUAUGAUCUUCAUGAUGAAAGUCCACUCUCUGAUUUUGAGAACCCACUGAUCCGCCCGCGCUUGCCCUCUGACAUUUUGCUGGCUGUUGGUGGAUGGAACAUGCACACGACAAACUGCAUCGACGCAUAUGACACACGGGCCGACCGCUGGGUGGAUAUCACGCAGGAGGAGCAGAGCAACCUAGCUGGUCAUGGCACGGUGUACCAUGAUGGGUUUGUGUACUGCAUUGGGGGGUUUGAUGGGCAAAACUUUAUCGAUACCAGUGCUACAACCCAAAAACCAAUGAAUGGACCCAGAUCGAGUCCAUGA